GAUUUGCAGGAGAGUUAUGUCAGAGAGACACUGACCAGUGGUUUUUCUUUGUCCCUCGGCAAGAGAGAGAAGCCCAUGGAGGAAGGCCUAAUCGGCUCACGACUACCGGAUAUUGGAAAGCCACUGGUUCUCUGGGCUAUGUAUACUCGAAUAAUGGAAUAAUUGGAGUGAAGAGAACCAUGGUUUUCUGCAGAGGAAGAGUUCCAGGCGGAAGAAAGACUGAGUGGAAGAUGAAUGAGUGUAGAGCCAUUGAAGCAGAAGCUUCUUCAUCAAGUAAUGCAACUCCACCAAAGCAAUUGACAGAGAUCAAAAUAAUCCCACCAAAUCAUAACGCGUCGUCGGGAGACCGCACCAUUGUCAAUAAUCCUUGUCAAGUUAUGGAAAAUGGUAGCUGGGAUUGGGAUGUGUCUGUUGAUAAUGAUUUUUUGUGGGACUGGGACGAAUUGAAUUGGUUUUAA